UGCCCACAGAGAAUAUUUUUAUCAUUACUAUUAUUAUUAUUAUUAUUAUUAUGCGUGUUCGUUACGUUUACUUGCAACAACAACAGUAGAAAAUGAAUCGUAUGGCUUUGUAAUCAACAUCAAUUACGUUUUACGAAUAUAAUCUUACAUAAAUAUACACUUGCGCGACCAAUACUCUUGUUUCUUACGCGAUUUUGAAUACAGGUCGUUCAGUCUUUCAGUGUUAGCAGCUCGCGGUUUCUUGAAAGUCCAUUGCCACUAAUCGUCGCCAUGUCAUACGCCUACCUGUUUAAAUACAUCAUAAUCGGAGACACAGGAGUAGGCAAAUCGUGUCUCCUAUUGCAGUUCACUGACAAGAGAUUCCAGCCCGUCCACGAUCUGACCAUCGGCGUCGAAUUUGGUGCACGCCUGGUGUCCAUUGACACCAAACCAAUCAAGUUGCAAAUAUGGGACACUGCUGGUCAGGAAGCUUUUCGAUCAAUCACACGAUCUUAUUAUCGUGGUGCAGCUGGUGCAUUAUUAGUGUAUGACAUCACUCGCCGAGACACUUUCAAUCAUUUGACUACUUGGUUAGAAGACGCUAGACAACAUUCUAAUUCCAACAUGGUCAUUAUGCUCAUUGGCAACAAAAGUGAUCUGGAGGCAAAACGAGAAGUAAAGAAAGAAGAAGGUGAAGCAUUUGCUCGGGAACAUGGAUUAGUAUUUAUGGAAACAUCGGCUAAAACCUCUGACAAUGUAGAAGAAGCCUUCAUAAACACUGCUAAAGAAAUAUAUGAAAAAAUUCAAGAGGGAGUAUUUGAUAUCAAUAACGAGGCAAAUGGUAUUAAAAUUGGACCACAACAUUCAACUGGUAACAAUAGCGUACCUGGCGGUAAUAAUCGAUCCAAUGGCAAUGGAUGUUGUUAACUAUUUCUGAAGGUCAACUAAAUAAUAUUCAAUUUGCAAUUUUGAUAUUAUUGCUUUCCAUGUGGGUUAUACUUAAUUUUUUUUUUUUUUUU